GUUUCCUUUAUUAUAGAUGUUGUUUUAUGGUUUCGGAGUUUUUUCAUUUUUGAACCCGGGCAUGCCUGAGUUGAGAGAAUGUUCAUACGUACUCUUAUUCUAGGAUUUUGGACUGCAAUGAAAUGACCAUUCUCCCUAAAAAGGGCAGUCGACCCUCGUGGAUUUGGAACAUCAUUUUAUGUGAAGAGACUCUUUAAAAGAGAAAAUGAUGUUAUUUAUGCAGUCAAGAGUCAAGAGUCAAGGCUAUUCCAUUAUCAAGGAUUUCGAGGCCACCAUUGGAUCUGGGUGCAGCAUCAUUUGCAUUAGUGAUUGGGGCAAAAUUAGUGGCAAUGUGCUAGCUGGAGAUGAGUACUCAAUUCCAUACGACAGAACUCCAGAACAAAUUCUAAUGAUUGUGCAUGGACCUGGGGACGAGACAGUCCCUGAGGUUUCUACCCAAAUGGAGCUGUUGUUGCACGAAAUAUGUGCUUAAAAAAUCUGAGAUUAAUGAACAAGAAAUAGUGAAGAUGUGUUAUGUGGGUACGUCUUUAAUAUUUAUAAAGGGGACAAUGGAUCUAUUUAGUCAGAGUUGAAAAUAAGAGGAGAUAUUUAUUUCUCUUUGCUUAAGUAUUUGUAAUUUGUAUGGACCUUUUCUAAGUUUCCUUAAUUGCUUGCAAGCAGUAAAGUUCAAAAGGGGUA